UCGGGUCUGAAUCUAACAUGGCGGCUAACGUCAACACCAACCCGUCCCAGCUGCUGCCGCUCGAACUUGUGGACAAAUGCAUAGGUUCACGCAUUCAUAUUGUGAUGAAGAGCGAUAAGGAAAUUGUUGGAACACUCCUAGGGUUUGAUGACUUUGUCAAUAUGGUGUUAGAAGAUGUUACAGAAUUUGAGAUUACACCUGAGGGAAGAAGAAUCACAAAGCUAGACCAGAUUUUGCUAAAUGGAAAUAACAUAACAAUGCUGGUUCCUGGAGGAGAAGGACCUGAAGUAUAAAUUGAUGCAGUUGUCAUCUAUGAAGAAGUGUUUCUUUUUUUAUCUGUAUGUGUAUAUAUAUAAUCUAAAUAGAGGGUUUGGGAUAUGGGUGGGUUUUGGUGUGUGUUGUUUGGUGGUUGGUUGUUUUUGGUUUUGUUUUGUUUUGUUUAUACACGCUUGCAAUUGACAUUUGAUAAAAGACAAGGAUUUCCUCUUCAGGAAAGGUGCAUUACUUAUGAUAAUACUGACUUUGUAAGUUGAAAUCAUGGCUUUCUUGUAAAGAUGUGCUAAUCUGUUCUGAAUUGCUGGGGCCGGAGUAUUAACAGUAAGAAAUGUGUAUCAGAAGAUAUGAAGGACAUACUGUCCUUGAAACAGGGAAGUUGCUUAAAGUUGUGAAAAACAGGAUGUUGAACAGGGAUGUGCUUACCGCAAAAAUGCUGAAGUAUUGCAAAGUAUGCAAAACUUGUUAUCCAAUCAGAAUGUAUGUUAUGCUUGUGUUUGUCGCGUGAACAGUAGUGAUAAGCCAAUGAGCUUGCUUGACAAGGCGCGUGAUUGCAUGUACGGAACAUUAGGACAUUAUAAAAAGAGAACAUAUCACGGAAUAAACUGAAGCUGAUUUACUCAUCA